ACAAGCAUGGGUGGAAGUGGUCCCGAAACAACACUAAAAGAUCUUCUCGCUUAUGUGGAUCCUGGUCGCCUUCGGGUCCUCAGACUGAGAAAUGAAUGGCUUGAGAGAAUGGAUUGGAUGGUCGUUGCGCGUUAUACGAAUUUGGAAUCACUCGAAGUUGGAUGUGCCGGCGAAACAUUAAUCUGGUCUAUCGAGGAAGACUCGGACUUUCCUGUUGUUCAUUUUAAUCGUCUUCUUAAACUUACGCUCCAUGGAAUCGUUUCUGGGUGUCUUAUUCCCCCAAUGCUCCGAGCGGAAUUACUCAGACACCUGUGUAUGUAUGUCGACUAUGGCACUCAUAACGACAUCCAGUGUAAUCUCCAGCACAGUCCCCACUUUCCAAACCUCCAAUCAUGCAUCCUUCGUAUACGAUGGGGUUUCCCAGCGGACCUGCUCAAAACCUUUUUAAAUACUCACACCAACCUUGUUGCCAUCGAGCUCCCUCUUUGCCAUCUGGGAGUGUUACAAUACCUAGAGCGCCAAUCACCCGCUUCAUCCUUUCCAUUGAGGCUCCUCCGGCUGCGGAUCACGGACUUUGACAUGGCGUACAUUCCAGAGGAUCAUUGCACAGGACUUGUGCGCGAUUUGACGUGCUUGUGUGAGAAACGCAUGGCUCCAAAUUUUGCCUUGCAAGUCCUGUGCUCGACGCAUUGGCGGCCAAAGGGGUUGGUUGCGGAGAUGCUGUGUCGCGCAAGGGCUCAAAGUUACUGGAUACCUUGUGAGGAAGAGUGUACGGGCAUUCCGGCCGAGGACUUGUGGAAUUGUGCACUGUUAGAUAGAUCUGUGUCGGGAGUGCAAUUCAUCUCAUUUGUUCGUUAAUCGGUUAAUCGCUAAGAUGUUGCCCAUAAGGGCAUGGAAAAAUACAAAAUGAGCAAUAAUUCCUCAAUUCCACACAUGCACCACGAGGCAUCACCAAGAAACCAAUCCCGGGAACACUAUUCCUCUUCGCUAUCGUCAUCCUCUUCAUCUCC